AUGGGCCUUAGUCGUGUGAAAGGAGUAUAUGAAUGGAAAGCAGGAGCCUUGGAAGGUGACUCUGUUAUCACAGUGCAGCUGACUGAGGAAGAUAAAGUUGAAGAUGAUGUAGUUUUUUACUUGGUCUUCACCGGGUCAACUGUCCAACACUGCACAAGCACGAGAAAGAUUAAUCCUGGGAGUCUGGAGACAAUUUCUCCUGGCCAUGACUGCUGUGAGACAGUGAAGGUGGCACUUUGUGCGUCUAGAGAAGGUCAUCCUGUUCUGGUUGUGGCAGAAGACAGUUUCCAGUUUGUACAGGAUGAAGCAUAUGACGCUGCCCAGUUUCUGGCCACCUGUGCUGGCAACCAGCAGGCGCUAAAUUUCACCCGAUUCUUGGACCGGUCACGACCACCUGCUGCUGACGUGGACUUUUUGGAUGAGAAAGUAGCUUUGGCAUUUCGGCACCUGAAACUGCCGGCAGAAUGGAAUGUGCUGGGAGCGGAUCAGUCCCUGACCGAGAAUGUCCCUCGGGAAACGCUGAUGCAUUUUGCGGUGAGGCUGGGUCUGCUGCGGCUGACGUGGUUUCUGCUCCAGCAGCCAGGUGGAAGAGGAGCUCUCAGAAUCCACAACAACGAAGGGGCGACACCUGUGAGCUUGGCCUUGGAGAGGGGCUACCAGAAGCUGCACCAGCUUUUGACAGAAGAGGAAGCCAGGGAACCGGACUCCUGGAGCACCUUGUCUCACACUGUGCACUCGGGGGACUACAGUGUGAAGCACCAUCGUGGGCUUGAUGUUUACAUGCUGACAGCUGAAACCAAGGAAGGGGUAGCGGCCAGCUGGGAGAGUGACAUAUGGCACCUUCAGAUGCACAUGCAGAGCUACCAGCACACGAGUUUAAGGCAGCAGACAGAGCCUGUACUGCGAGAUUCUGGAGACAGCUGUGCUAGAGGAACAGAGCCAGAUGGUCACUCGGCCACUACCUCUCAGAGCCUAGAAGAAAUGGCAAGAGAAGGAAAGCAGGAAAGUCCAUCUGGUCUUGUUCCCCUGGACAUCAGGCAGCUCUCAGACCAAACCCACCAGGAGGAGAUAUGCAACAGUAGGAGUUUAGGAGCUUUUAAUGAUGUACCAAAUGACUUCCUGAGCGGGGGGGAUGCAAAGAGCCUAGAGUGCUUCUGUGAAAGUAAAAAUACAGUGUCGUUGAGUAAAAAGGAAGAGGAGGGGCCAACCUCUGCCGAAGACUCUGGGACUAUAUCAGAUGAGAAGGACUGCACAGUGAGCCUGUGUGCAAGUGUGAAUGGUGCCAUAAAUCUUCCAUCCUGCAGAAAUACAAAUGAGGAAUCUGGAAUGACAUCUUCUGGAAUUGGCUUGGAUCAAGCUGGCUUGUGCAGUAAGGACAGUCCCCAUCAGGAAGCACAAACCGCUGAGGAGCGUGCAGCUGACAGUAUUGUUACUGUGGUUGAAACUGCCGGUGAAACCCCAGCUUCCUUGGAGGGCGUGGAUGUGCCUAUGGGCCAAACUGAAUGCAGAAACUGUACAGGGGCAGCUGAGAGGGCUGCAGGCCGGCAACAGGUAGAGGAUGGGAUGGCUGACAACAGUGAAGGGAGGACUACAAACCUAGAAGAGCAAUCGCCAGCUGAGGAAGAGUCAGCCCAUGCUGCUCAGCCCUUACUCAGUGGUUUUAAUGGCACUGAGUGUACAGAUGAGGAGGAUGCAAAUGUGGGAUUAGUACCGGCAUGCGACGGUACAAAUGCAGACGGUGGCACUGCUGAUGUCUCCAUUGACUUUUGCAAGACUGGUGGUAACAAAGAGACUGGAGUGGACUUAUGCGCUGAUCAGGUAAACAGUGGCUUCUUGGAAAGCCAAGGCGAUGACCGUGCUGCCAUAAGGCAAGAUGUCACUGUGAGCGCCAGGGCAGCAUUGCCAGCAGUGAACGGGGUGAAGGUUCCCACGUGUGCUUCAAAACCUGGUCCUGAUGUGGAAACCCAUGGCAGUGGAAAGACUGCGGAGCAAGAAGGGCAGAUGGAAGGGGGUUGCACAGAUAGAAAAUCCAACUCGCUUUUGUUGGAAGACAGUGUGGAAACUGAUGGUCCUCCUGCAAAACCUGAAAACAAUUAUUUUGGUGGAUCUAAUGAAAGCAGUGCAGAACGUGCUUGUUGCCAGAUCAGCAAACAUGUAACUGAAGCAAUGGAGGACAGCGAAGCCCACAAAGAGGAGCCAGCAGGAACCGAUACCACCAGCAGUGGAGAUGGAGGAAGCGCAGAUUCUGCAGACGGAGCUCAGGAAGUUGCUAGCUGUUGCCCUUCUGCUGAUCAAAUCGUCAUUAAAGAUGAAAUGGACAACUGCUUAAAACUGGAUGCUGCUCAAGAGAGCAAACGUGAGUCUGGAUCACUCCCUCCGGAGACUGCAAGCGCAUGCCUAGCAGAAAACAAGCCUGCACAAAUGGAAGCAGAGAUAGCAGAAAGUGCUUUGGAGCAGGAGGGACUGAGCAGUGAGGUGAAAUCACUCGCUCCCCUACUCAGAGGAGAGGGACCAGCUGCAAGUCAGGAGGGAGAUGCUGCAGUGGCACCCCCCGGGCAAGAGGCAGCUUUGCAAGGGAAUGACCCUGGAUUAGCUCCAUGUGCCAAGGCCGCAGAAGGUACAGAGGAUAAUUUUGUAGGCACACCCUCUGUAAUUCAUAAUGAAGAAUCUAAACAAAACCAGGAAGUGAUGGCGGCAGCAGCAGACUCGGCAGAGCUUGCCCAGCAGCGCAGUGGGGAGCAUGACAGAGUAGCUGCUGGAGCCGGCUGGGCUGGGGACCAUGCAGGGGAAGAGGGCUCUCCAGAGCAGAGCCUCUCGCAGCAGGCUGAAGGAGGCAAAGCUGAGCCUGACCAGGAGGCUCGUACAAGUGACCAGGAGCAGUUUUUGUCAGAGGAACUUCUAGCCGCUGUUGUGAAACCUGCUGCCUGCAGUCAGGAGGGGUCUGCGUCAGGCAGCCCUGAUGCAGAUACUGGGCCGAAAGGGAUGGUCCCCACCAAAGAAGCAUGCGAGACUGGGGCUGCGGGUGCAGAAGACGACCCGACGCAUGGACUCACAUUGGCAGGCGAGUCACCAGAUGCAGAGAGCGUCCCUUGUCCAGAUGCAGGGCUUAACCAAGAACAUGAUCCCAGUCUAAACCAACAGCAAAUCUCCCCACGCAGCAGCACUCCUGAUUUAAAGGGUGCUUUAGAAAUGGGAGCCUCGAGUGAUGCCAGUGGAGGUAAGGAAGCGCUAAGGCUAGUGGCAGUAACCCCCGUUGGAGCGUAUCAGGAAGAGCAGGAGGAUAUGGAAAAUGUGCUUCCUCGGGCAGCACUUCAGCCCAUCGCAGAAGAGCCCACUUGUGACAGCGACUCUAGCACUGACACCGUUUAUCCAGCCGCUGAGAGCGACGCUGGUCCUAUUGCGGAAGCAGCUCAGAGGGAGGUCUUGGCUGAACUCAAUGAAAAGCAAAGCCAAGUUGUACCUGAAUCGCCCUUCUCACCGUGUUCGUGCCAUUUACAUGCUAUUGAGUCACUGGAAAAUGUGGGAGUAAAGAGUUUGGUUUCAGCAGAUGAUGGCUCCUCUCUGGAUAAAGUUCCUAAAAUGGUAAAAAGUUUUGAUGCAGUAGUCUUCGCAGCAGAGACACCUUGUUCCCCUGAUUUACCCAACACUGAAAAAAUGAGGCUUGAGUCCCAGGCUGCAGUAGAUGUGGGAGCCAGCCUUAAUGGAGAAAUGGAUUUAAGUUCCUCGACAAAGAAGAAGAACAUCAGGCCAGCAGCGCAACGAGCUGAGCCUGUUACAGGAAAGUUGGAAAUGAAAACUGAAGACGAGGUGGAUUUUCUGAAAGAUCACGAGAGUGCAGUCCGCGAGGAAGUGGGGAACCCAAAAUCAAGACCAGCCUUUUGGGGCCACCCCAAGAAGAGGAUGCUGCUGGGUGAAGCACUGGUGGGUCAUGCCAUGGCUGAAGGAAUGUGGCCCUGGACCAAAAUGCUACCACAGGGAUGCAGUUGGAUGGGCAGGGUGGGAGCGGGUUAGUCACAAGACUCCUCUCAGUCUUGCAAUGCUCCUGCAAAAAUGCGCAAUGCAUUAUCUAACAUCAAGGGCUCUUUACCAAGGUCUGCGGUGUGAAUGCUUGCUAGCAUUCAGCAACUGUCUGAUCUUCAAAAUCCACAGUCAAGCAUCCGUCUCAGUCUCAUCUCGCACUGGUGCUGACCUCCCUCCCAGCAGGCACUGUCAAUGUGUGCUCCUUCCCAGACUGGACGCACUCCUCUUACAGGCUUUGCAGUAUUAGAGUGCAGAUUUCCUUUGCCUUAUUUAGUUGUAGGAAAAAAGACCUUUGUUUUGUCUAUCCCUGCAAGUGCCAGAAACAUAAAAUUUUGAAAACUCUUUCCAGAAAACUGAUUUCUUUUAAGAAAACAGCAAUUGAAAUUGCAAUUCUUCUCUCUUACUGUCUGACAAAUUUGUUAUCUCCUAUAUUUAGUGCCCAAAAGUGGGGUUUGACUUGCUUAAAACAGGGAGAAUCUCCAUUCAUCUACUGUUCCAUUAUUUUCUAUCAGAGCUGCAGUUAAAAAAAGUUAAUGGGCCUGAGUAUUUCUGCAGAUUGCAUCAUUUUCAGUGUUUCAUAACGAUAUGGCAAAAGUAAUUUGAAACAGAUAACAAUAGUACCGUCUGUUUCAGAAUAACCAUGAUUUCCUUGUCAUUAAGAGGUCUGUUAGCGGGUAGAGGAGGAGGAGAUUUAUCUGGAUGAGUUACAGAUCAUAUGGUGCGCUCGAGUGCCUUUUGGUUCCCCCCCUCCCCACGCCCAACCCCUCCUCCCCCCCGCUCUUUUCCUUCCCUUGAAAUCCACAGUGCUGGACUUUGGUUUGGAUAUGAAAUGAUUGGAUAGUUUCAAACUCCUGUCUGCACAGAGCGGCUCAGCGCUUCCAGAUGGUUUCAAUAAGGAGCCCAGAACUGUCGCAUCAGCAGCCGGUGGCCCAGGCUGCUGCUCGUGUCUCCGCUCCAUUUUGAGCAACUUGCUGGAAAAAAAGAGGAUUAUUGCUGAUUGGAGUAGAGUUUUUUGUUUGGUUUUGUUUUUAAUUUAAUCUCUGUCCUCUGAUUGUCUGGUGCAUUGUGUUUCUGAGUAUAAAUACUAUGUACUGUGUAAACAUGCAUAUGGCAUUCAAGGGACUAAUAGAUGGAUGCACAAAGGAGACUGGAAACCUUUGUUCUGCUUUGUUCGGAGUCUGUCUUCUGCAUCUGCUGAGCGUGCCAGUGUGUAUAUAAGGCUAUGUGCAAGGCAAGACUCAAGACUUCUAGCCUGGAACAACGUGGCCAAAAGCCCCGCCUGGUGCGGGAAGAGAGUGAUGGGCUCCCAAGGGGGAGCGUGUCUGGUGUCUUCUAUUUGUUUGUGUUAUGUUUCUCCCUCUCCCCCCCUCCACCUUCAACGGUAAAGUCUGGAAAUGAGAUGGACUUUGGGUGUCUUAGUCGUCACUAG